AUGGUCAUGGAGGAGGAGCAAACAGUGAAGCUGGCCGAGUCAUGCAUGGUGACGCCGAGCGACGAGACGCCCAUGCAUGGCCUGUGGCUUACCCCAAUCGACCUCACGUGGGCGACCACAGGCCACAUCCCGUUCCUCCACUUGUACCGCUCCGCCUCCGGUGCCGGUGCCAUCGACGACGCCUUCUUCAACGUGGCCAGGCUGAAGGCGGCGCUGGCAAAGGCUCUCGUAGCUUUCUACCCCCUGGCCGGCCGCCUCGGCGUGGACGCCCACGGCCGGCUACAGAUCGACUGCGCCGGCCAGGGCGCGCUCUUCGUGGUCGCUCGCCCAGACCUCACCGUCGACGACUUCGGUAGCUCCCAGCCGUCGCCGGAGCUAAAGCGGCUCCUCUUUCCCCGCGUUGAGGACCACUCGCCGUCCCUCAUGUGCGGCGUCCAGGUGAAUUUCCUAAAGUGCGGCGGGGUAGCCCUAGGGAUGGCGCUGCACCACAUCGCCGUCGACGCGACAAGCGCGUUCCACUUCUUCCAGACCUGGUCCGCCAUCUCCAGGGACGGCGACGCGGCGGAGGCGACGCUGGAGCGCCCAUGCCACGACCGCACCCUCCUCCGCCCACGCUUCCCGCCCGUCGUCCACCCGGACGCUCUCACCGUGUUCUGCCCCCCAAAUCACCAAACCCCAUCCCGUGACCACUCGCCCCAUGCUGUCACGAACCAGAUCUUCGUCCUCUCCAAAGACCAGGUCGCCGCUCUCAAGCGCGUCUGCGCCAACGGCGUGAGCACGUUCUGCGCCGUGAGCGCCCACUUGUGGAGGUGCGUGUGCGCCGCCCGGCGGCUGCAUCCCGACGCCACGACGCGCCUCAUCUUCCCGGCCAACGUCCGGGCCAGCCUGUCGCCGAAGCUCCCGGGUAGCUUCUUCGGCAACGGGAUCAUCAUGCUGGGCGCCACGGGCAAGGUGCGGGACAUCGCCUCGAAGGGGCAGCUAGCCUCCGUCGCCGGCAGGAUCAGAGGCGCCAUCAGCCGGAUGGACGAUGAGCUGGUGCGUUCGGCGAUCGACUACUUUGAGAUCGCCGGCGGCCAGACAAGUAAUCAAGCGGGAAGCAUGCCGGAGACUGAGCUGAGGGUCGUCAGCUGGCGAGGCAUGCACGAUGCGGAUUUCGGGAGGGGCAAGCCGCUGAUGGUGCAUCGCGCCGUGCAACCGUUUGCCGGGAUCGCCUACCUCAUGGACGGCGUUGGCGGCAGCAUGCGCAUCCUCCUGUCUGUGGAGGCUGCAAUUGUCAACGACCUCAAGCGUCUGCUUUAUGCCAACUUUUAA